AUUUGAUCAAGUCGUUAUUUAUAUUAUAAAACAAUUAUUAACGUAAGGAUUUCCUAAAAGUGGGUGUCAUUUGUCGAAUUUUUUUGGCAUAGAAUUUGCAGGUGUCGGUCAAUACAGGUUAUAAGAGCUUAAAGAGCAGUGCCUGAAGCUGGGAGUCUCAGAACAUUUAGAAAGUGGCAACUUACACGUAGCAUUUUUGUUCUAUCUUUGCGGAUUAAAAUCUGCCCAUAUCACAAAACAAUGGUGGUGCCGCUGAACGAUAUGUUGCCCUUUGCCAGCGGUGAAAGGAGACUGGCAGCUUGUGUUCUGUUGUUGUUAUUAGAAUUAUUUCUAGAAGGCGCCGACGCAGUGCCUAACCAGGCUGACAUUGAAAACCAUCUGGAGCUUGGUAAAGAGUUUUUAGCGAGAGGUCAGCUAGCAGAUGCACUCACACAUUACCAUGCUGCUGUUGAGGGCGAUUCUAAUAACUACCUGACACUUUUUAAACGAGGAACCGUUUACUUGGCGUUGGGUAAGGCACGUUUUGCCAUACAAGAUUUCACACGUGUGUUAGAACUUAAGCCAGACUUUACGGCAGCUCGAAUGCAACGCGGUGUAGUACAUUUAAAGUGUGGCGAAUAUGAGCAAGCUACUGAAGACUUCGAAUAUGUGCUGCAAGAAGAUCCUUACAAUGAAAGUGUUAAUGAGCAUAUCAGACGAAUUGACGCAGCCCUUGAUCAAUGGAUAAUUGUAAAUGAUCUUAGUUAUCGUGGAGAUUCGCGUAAUAUUAUUCCCAUGAUUACACAACUACUGGAGGUCUCUCCAUGGUCCAUUGAAUUCCGCAAAGCCCGUGCCAACGCUUACAUUGCCAUAGACGAACUACCUGCUGCCAUUUCCGAUCUCCGCUCAGUAAACAAACUUUCGCAAGACAGCACAGAGGGUUAUUACAACAUCGCAUUGUUAUUGUACAAAUUGGGUCAAGCUACAAACGCACUGAAGGAAAUACGAGAAUGUUUGCAUCUGGAUCCCGAGCACAAAGAUUGCUUCCCUUUUUACAAAAAAUUGAGGAAGGUGGAGAAAAGUUUAUCAAAUGCUGAAAAUUCUCGGGAAGAAAAACAGUUUGCAGAUUGCAUAAGUUCUGCAGAGUCUGUGUUAAAACUAGAAAAGGAUGAGAAAAUGAUAAUAUACGAGGCUAAGCGACAACUUUGUACUUGUUACACACGAGAUGAACAGUACGCAAAAGCGUUAAGUCAUUGUAAAGAAGCGCUGGAACUUUUACGUGAUCCACAAUUAUAUUGUGAACGAGCAGAUGCCUAUAUAGGUUCCGAAAUGUAUGAUGAUGCCAUACAUGAUUACCAAAGUGCUUUGGAAAUAGACGAGAGUCUGCAACGAGCCAAGGAGGGUAUUGAAAAAGCGAAAAGACUGCAAAAACAAGCGGAGCGCAGGGAUUACUACAAAAUCCUUGGAGUCAAACGCAACGCAAACAAACAGGAAAUAACCAAAGCAUACCGGAAAGCGGCGCAAAAAUGGCAUCCAGAUAAUUUUAAAGAUGAAGAAAAAAAGAUAGCCGAAAAGAAGUUCAUUGAUAUUGCGGCAGCCAAAGAAGUACUAACUGACCCUGAGAAACGAAAACAAUUCGAUAUGGGCCAAGAUCCUCUCGAUCCAGAAGCUAAUCAACAAGGUGGCUUCCGCGGUGGUAGCCCCUUUGCUCACUUCCAACACGGGUCGCCGUUCCAAUUCAAAUUCCAUUUCAACUAGACGUACCGUAAUCCUCAGGCAUUGCGAAUUACAUUAGCACAUACCUAGCAUUAGUCGGUUCGUUGUUAGGCCUCUUCUUUUUUUAAUAGUAUAUAAUAUUAAUGUAAAUGAUUGAAGAACUUGCGUUGGUACUGUUGCCAUGCAAAUAUAGUAAGCAGCGUUUCUUCGCUGUUUGCCGUGCACUUACUAUUGUAGGUAUUUAUUAUUUUUAUUACUUAAUAUAUGGUUGAUUGUAAAAUUAUGCAACUAGCUAUAAACAUAAAAUGCUGUAACACACUAAUCGCGCAAAAAUGUAAAGCUUUUUUCCAACCGUACCACAUUUAAACUGAAAUUAGUACAUAGCCAUCUCUUAAGUCUAUUUCUUUAGUAGAUAUUUCACUACAUAAUUUGAAUUGAAUUUAUUUGUAAAUAGUAGGCUAAAUUAAAGAAAACCUCUAUUCCUAUUUUUAUGUUAAAAAUAAUAUUAGUAUUUAUACAUGGAACAAUAAAAUUUAAUAUUUAUAAAAAA